GACAGGGAGGGGGGGAGGAGACAGCUGCGAUGCAGUUCUGUAAGAUACGUUACCUCUUUUUUAUCUUAAAAGCCCCUGCAUUCCCUCACCCUCCUUUUGUCUGUCUUCUCUUUUCCGCCCAUUGAAUCCCCUGCUCUUGUGUUCUUUUCCUGUUUCCCCUUAUCAAACUCCCCUUCAACCCAUCUCUACACACUCCUUCACAAUGGCCUCGGCUGUCAGGACGGUUUCCCGGGCCAUCGCUCGCUCCACUCCGGCCACCUCGUCCUUCAGGCCGGGUGUUCGCAGCGCUCGCUUCGCUCUGCCUGCCCACGGUGCUCGAGCUGCUGGUCGCCGGGGAUACGCCUCGGAAGCAGGCCCUGGCAAGUCCUCCAACACGUUGCUCUGGGCGGGGAUUGCGGUUGCUGGAGGCGCGGGCGCCUACUUCUACUUGAGCGGCGGCGACGCCUCCGUCAAGGCAACCGGCCCCUUUGUGCCCACCAAGGAGGACUAUCAGAAGGUGUACAACGAGAUUGCCCGCCUGCUGGUUGAGAAGGACGAGUACGACGACGGCAGCUAUGGACCGGUCCUUGUUCGUCUCGCCUGGCACGCCAGCGGUACCUAUGAUAAGGAGACGGGCACUGGAGGAAGUAACGGAGCGACGAUGCGAUUCGCCCCCGAGUCCGACCAUGGUGCGAAUGCUGGUCUGAAGCACGCCAGAGACUUCUUGGAGCCUGUCAAGGAGAAGUUCCCCUGGAUCACCUACUCGGAUCUCUGGACCCUGGCCGGCUCCUGCGCCAUCCAGGAGCUAGGUGGCCCUGUCAUCCCUUGGAGACCUGGCCGUGCCGACAGGGACCUGGCCGCAUGCACGCCGGACGGCCGUCUGCCGGAUGCCUCCAAGGACCAGCGCCACAUCCGCGACAUCUUCUACCGCAUGGGCUUUGACGACCGUGAGAUUGUCGCCUUGUGCGGCGCCCACGCCCUGGGCCGCGCCCAUACCGACCGCUCGGGCUUCGAUGGCCCCUGGGACUUCAGCCCCACCGUCUUCACCAACGAGUUCUACAAGCUGCUCCUCGAUGAGAAGUGGGAGAAGCGCAAGUGGAACGGCCCUCAACAAUUCACUGACAAGACCACCAAGACCCUCAUGAUGCUCCCCACCGAUCUCGCCCUGGUCAAGGACAAGGAGUUCAAGCAGCACGUUGAUCGUUACGCCAAGGACAGCGAUGUCUUCUUCAAGGAGUUCUCUGACGUCUAUGUCAAGCUUCUCGAGCUCGGCGUCCCCUUCACCAGCAAGGCUGAGGACCGCUUCGUCUUCAAGAGCUCGGCGUAAGAGCAGUCACUCCAUAGACUUUGUACCUUUAUUUCCCUUUCUCCUUGGUUCUUUUGGUUUUUUUUUCUUUUUCUUUGUUCUUCUCCUCAUAUCCCCAAUAUCCGGCACAGUAUGUUUUUGAACCGAUUAGAAUGUCUCAGAUCACGUCUGCUUUUGUGAACCCAAAUGUGCUAUCUUCCCACCCACCCUGUAUUAGAAUGAUCACCGCAACGCAACUGGGCGUUGCAGUGUACUAGGUACCGAAUAGUGAAUGUCACUUUUGCACCAGGAAGACUCGAGGAAGGAUAUCGUCCGUCAACCUAGAUAG